AUGCUGGGCAGACGCCCCCUCAGCCCCAGCUCCUAUGCCGCGCCCGGGUGGGAACCGCAGUCCGGGGAGCCCGGCCCCGCCAAGCGCCGCCGAAUUGAGGAGCCCGCGGGCCCUGAAGACCGAAUGGCGCGGGAGCCCACGUCGGCCCUGCAAGUGUGUGCGGGAGGACACACCCUCGUGCUGGUGCCCGAGGCGCUCUGGGGCUCAGGAGGGGGGGCGCACUCGCCUGUGGGCCUGGAACCCCGCGCUCUCCUGGGCGCUCUCUCGGGAGGCUCUGCCACCCAGCAGGGAUUCUUCUGCGCAUUUGCCCCAGAGAUCGCCCACCCAGAGAUCGCCCACCCAGAGGAGGCCGCCGACCCAGAGGUGUCCUACGACCCAGAGGUGCCCUAUGACCCAGAGGUGCCCUAUGACCCAGAGGAGGCCUACGACCCAGAGGUGCCCUAUGACCCAGAGGAGGCCUACGACCCAGAGGUGCCCUAUGACCCAGAGGAGGCCUACGACCCAGAGAUGCCCUAUGACCCAGAGGUGGCCUAUGACCCAGAGGAGGCCUAUGACCCAGAGGUGGCCUAUGACCCAGAGGAGGCCUAUGACCCAGAGGUGCCCUACGACCCAGAGGUGCCCUACGACCCAGAGGAGGCCUAUGACCCAGAGGUGGCCUAUGACCCAGAGGAGGCCUAUGACCCAGAGGAGGCCUACGACCCAGAGGUGCCCUACGACCCAGAGGUGCCCUAUGACCCAGAGGUGGCCUAUGACCCAGAGGUGCCCUACGACCCAGAGGUGGCCUACGACCCAGAGGUGCCCUAUGACCUAGAGGUGCCCUACGACCCAGAGGAGGCCUAUGACCCAGAGGAGGCCUAUGACCCAGAGGUGCCCUAUGACCUAGAGGUGCCCUACGACCCAGAGGAGGCCUAUGACCCAGAGGAGGCCUACGACCCAGAGGUGCCCUAUGACCCAGAGGUGCCCUAUGACCCAGAACAGGCCUAUGACCCAGAACAGGCCUAUGACGAGGACAGGGCCACCAGGUUCCUGACUUGUUGGAUGUUCGCUGCACUCUGCUUAGUGGCUAGAACCCACCCGCCUCGAGCCCCCACGCCUAGUCCAGAGAGAUGCCCACCUGGUUCCCACUACAACCUGGAUUUCCACCUGUGGGAGCCCUUCCCCAGCUCACCGCUCCACCCUCUACCUCCAUCGCCCAGUCCAGGUCCUCAGGUGCUUCCCCGGCGCACUCUGGGGCCUUCUCCCAAGGCCCGGAAACGACUGUUCUAG